AAAAAAGGUGUGAAACACCAAGACGCUGUCGGUUCCUGCCUCGCGCCCUUUCCCACAGUCUGUCUUUCUGCGCACUCUCUCAUCAGGGCUCCAUGGCACGCAAGGGUGACAGUGGUGCUCAUCUCCAAAGUUUCACGCUCAUGGAGCCGGAGAGUGAGAGCGCGCUGGUCCGGUCUAUUUACUACGGUAAAAUCGGUAAGGGGAAAACGGAAAGGUUGCUGGAGAGGCAUGGUAGAGAUGGGAGCUUUCUCCUGCGGGACAGCGAGAGUCUGCAAGGAAUGUAUUGCCUCUGCGUGAGAAAGACACCGUACGUCCACACUUACAGAAUCCACCACUCCUCUGAAGGAUGGACACUUCAGUUAUCCCCUGGGCAGAUGCUGCAGUGUUUCGGGACUCUGGAGAAGCUGAUAGAGAGCUGCAGAGCGGGGGUUGGUGCUGACAGCAUACCUCCUCUCACACACCCCCUGGACAAAACACAGCUGAGAGACCAGAGGCUGCGGAGCGGUAGGACAUCAACACACACACACACAUCACUCACACAGUGCUUGUAAUAUAGUAAUGCUUUUAUCUUUUUCAACAGAGACGGCCUAUAUGGAAAUGUGAAGUGGGACGACUUGUACAUGUGUGUGUGUGUGUGUGUGUGUGUGUGUGUGUGUGUGUGUGUGUGUGUGUGUGUGUGUGUGUGUGUGUGUGUGUGUGUGUGUGUGUGUGUGUGUGUGUGUGUGUGUGUGUGUGUGUUUGUGCGCGCAUGUGUAUUCAAUUCAACCUUUAGGAGACAAUGCUUUUGUUGUUUACAAAAGUGCACCUGUUUAUGUCUGUGGUUCCACAACUAGGCAUGUGGUUUCCCAUGGAGAGAUGCUUUGACGUGUGUGUGUGUGUGUGUGUGUGUGUGUGUGUGUGUGUGUGUGUGUGUGUGUGUGUGUGUGUGUGUGUGUGUGUGUGUGUGUGUGUGUGUGUGUGUGUGUGUGUGUGUGUGUGUGUGUGUGUGUGUGUGUGUGUGUGUGUGUGUGCGUGUGCGUGAGUUUGCAUGUUUAUGUGCAUACAUGUGGACCAGUUCUGCCAUAAGUGCACACAAGGACAUUAAAACUGCCAUCUGCCAUGGUCUUUCUCUCAUCUGCCAUGGUCUUUCUCUCUGUGUAUAAUGUACAUUAUAUGACUCAUGUUAAACGGAUAUGUUACUGAUGAAGAUUGUAUGAGUGAUAAGGCUGUCAUUGCAAAUAAGAAUGUGCUCUUCAUUGACUUAGGGAACACUGUUAAAAAAGUGUACAAAUCCAAAACAGAGGCUUAAAUGCAAAUAUAGACAUGAUUUUUUGGGGAGAUAAUUUCUUUAUUGACUUGCCUGGUUAAAUAAAGGUUAAAUAAAUACAAAUAUAAAAAAAUGUCAAUUUUUAUUUGCUUUGGUAUUAAAGGCAUAUUCCUUUCUUAAUCCAUUC